AAACUUAGAUAUGAACAUCGUACAUCGUCACCCAAGGCUUCCGCUUUGUUGGGAACAAAUCCACCCAUUACCCCGCAAGAAAACCCCAGAAACCGUCGAAUCUCCCCUCUAAUGAACCAUCCGAUUGUGCUACGAGCCCACACCAUCCCCAGAGCAUGCGUUGCGAGCCGCACUUUGAAUCUCCGCCCGCAACCUCACCAUCUUGGCAUUCACCGCCAAGCUGAACCCCAUGAGACCCCAUGGGGUGAAAGUUUGGGUUGGAGCCCCUAUAAAAGUCGCGAGGUGUUUCAUAGAUCCAGCGUUGUGGUUCAGAGCAUCCUGGACUGAGCACUGUCUUGCCUUGUCCUUGCCAUUGACGCUGUCAAUCUCAUCAUAUCUCUUCUUUUGAGUGCUCACAAUGCCUCCCCACGCCACACUCAAAGAGAUCGAGAGCGAGAAGCCCGCCGGGAUUCUACUCGAGGAUGCGCCUGUCGAUGAGAAGCAGGUCGAGACUGGCGGCGACUACUCCGGUGCUGUGAAGAAGACCAGCCCCGAGGAAAUCAAGCUUGUGCGCAAGUUGGACAUUCGAAUCAUGACUAUCCUCUGGGCGAUGUAUUUCCUUAAUUACCUCGAUCGCAACGCCAUCACCCAAGCACGUCUUGACAACCUCGAGGACGACUUGGGCUUGGUGGGCAGCCAGUAUAACACCGCUAUCAGUAUCCUGUUCGUUGGGUAUCUGCUGAUGCAGGUCCCGUCGAACAUGCUCAUGUCCUCGCAAAAGGUCAGGCCCUCGAUCUUCAUGUGCGCGUGCAUGAUGGCCUGGGCUGUGGUUUCGGCUUGCACGGCGCUGACGCACAACUACACGGGGCUGGUGCUUGUGCGCUUCUUCUUGGGUGUGGCAGAGGCACCGUACUAUCCUGGAGCUAUCUACCUGCUCUCGCUCUUUUACACUCGCAAGGAGAUUGCAACACGACUAAGUAUCCUGUAUUCGGGCAACAUCUUUGCUACCUCGUUCUCUGGUUUAAUCGCCGAAGCGACGUUCGCCUCGCUGGGCGGCGUUCAUGGCAUUGCAGGGUGGAAAUGGCUUUUCAUCAUUGAGGGUAUCGUAACAUUCGCCAUUGCCAUUGUUGGCAUGUGGAUGCUUCCCGACUUCCCCCUGACCACCCGCUGGCUCACGCCCGAAGAGAGGCAACUGGCGCACGACCGCAUAGUCCGCGACACAGUGGGCAUCGAAGCCUCCAAAGGCGCACGCGCCGGAUUCGCACAAGCCAUCCGCGAUCCCCGUUUAUAUCUCUUCUGUUUCAUGCAGAACAUGCACCUCUCAGCCUGCAGCUUCAAUAACUUCUUCCCCACUGUUGUGGGCAGUCUCGGCUUUGAUCGCACAAUCACGCUCGUGCUUACUUGCCCACCAUACCUGGUGUCUGGCCUUUUCGGCAUUGUCAUUGGCUUGACUUCGGGUAGGUUCAACGAGAGGACCUGGCAUAUCACUGUAUGCAUGGGUGCUGCGUUGGUUGGCUUCGUUAUCUCAUGCGUUACGAUGAACGUUGCAGCGAGAUAUGUUUCCUGCUUCUUAUUCGCUUCGGGUGCGUACGCGGUUAACUCGGUCAUUCUCGGCUGGGUGUCGGCGACGCUGGGACAGACGGCGGAGAAGAAGGCUGUAUCAUUGUCGAUCGUCAAUGUGGUUGCAAACGCGAGUUACAUCUACACAGCAUACCUCUAUCCCAAAAGCGAUGGACCGAAAUACUUGACUGCGAUGGCGAGCAACGCUGCGUUUGCCUUCAUGACGAUCGCUUGCGCUUGGGCGAUGAGAGUCUGGCUCCAAAUGACGAACAGAAAGUUGAGGCAGGAAAGACCGGAAGAGCACGUGUAUUACGCAUACUAA